ACAGCAAUUCACUGUUUCCAUACCCCUCCUUCCAUACCGAGGGCAAGUGUGUGUGAGCGUGUGUCUAUAAACCCAAGAUACUUGCCUGACAGUAAUCUACUAGGUAACUUACAACCUUACAAAUUCUUUAGUCUAUAGUAUAACCUUACCCCUCUUCAUCACACAAGAUAUCCAUCUCUCCUGUCAAAAUCUCGCUGUGCCCCGUACCUCAUAGCCGUGCAGUGUAAUCCCUUAUUCCUUACCUUUUCUUCCUUCUAUACUCCCAGACACUUGUCUCUUUUAUCCUAAUGUUGAUUCUGCGUGCAUUACACUGUGCAAUCUCAUCCUGCAGCUGAGACAUCAAAUCUUCCACACUAAUUGUGCUUUGCUUCUCCUGAUACGGUAUUAACAAUGGAAACUAAUGCAUAUCAUCAAACAGCGAGCAAACAAACAUCUUCUUCAGAUGAGGAAGAUCUUUUAUCAUUUCAUGACGCUGUUACUGUCAUUCAACCGCAAGUUCUCUCUUCUUCUGUCAAUGUUGAUCCUUUUCGAGAAAAUAUAGCUUUUGCGCAUAGCAAUAGAAAUGCUAUAGUUGGUGUCAAUAGCGGAUCUAUCAACAAAGUCUCGCAAUUUUCUUACUCCACGCAAUCUUCAUCCUUUCCAAACGGUAAUCAAGGUGAUACCAGAACCUCUCUCUCUCUUUCAACCAACUACAGGCCGGAAAUCAUCUUUGAGCCACCUUUGGGGGAUCCAGAAGGUUUACUUCCUAAAACAUCGCCCAAUUCAAUGCAAGCUUCGAGUUCAGUUUCUCAACUUUCUGUCAGUGAUCAAGCUCAAGGUCCCACUACACCAGUCACAACGUCAACGGCGACUAGACCAAGCUUCCCAGAUAAAUCUCCACGAUCUUCAAGUCCGGACCUGAUCCAAUUCACUCCUCCAGAGAGUAGUUUGUCAAGAAAGAAAAGUCAGAAAGCUAGGGAGUCUCUUCAAAUUCACGCAUCAAAGCUGAAAUCUAUUGCACCCGCCUUCUCUGCAUUGAAUCCUUUUCCUUCUUCGAGAUUACCCCGCACGCCAGGAGACUUUAAGAGGAAUCCAGCAUCUCUUUCUAUUGAUAACCUUAUAAAUCCUGAGCCACAAAUACCCUUGUCAGCCAUCAAAAACGCUCACCAUUGCAAAAACUUUCAGGAGACCCCUAGAAAAGACGUUGUCCAAACUACUGCUGGAGAUAAACUUUCCCUUACUAGGAUAGCCAGUAUGGAAUUACCACCAGCUCUUCAAGUUGUGGAUAUGGUCAUGUUGAUGGUUAGUUUUGUAAAUCAACCCUUAUGCCUUCUCUAACAAUUAUUAAACAGUCUGCUUCAGCUGCUGACGGUCAGCCUCAAAGGUCGAAGAUGCCAAACUUACCAAUUUCUUCUCUACUCGCUGACAAGGUUAAUGGGGAUUCCUCCGCUGCUGUAUUAACAAGCCCUCUCGGUCUAGAUCUUUCUGGCAACGUUCCUCUAAAACCCGGCUCGUCAUGUCCUGCGGAUUCUUCCGCUGUCAUGCCAGCUACUCGCGUUACCCCUACCUCUGUGCCAUUUGCACUUGCCACAAGAACAACUGAUGACGUCUUUGCAGAACUCAAGCGGCCUUUACAUGCUCAAGCAAGGUAAAUCCAGAUUGAUACUGAAUUUAUGUCUACCGCUGAUACUUCCAGCACCAACAUUCAGGUCCUCGACAAAUAUGACAAGUUGAACCAACAUGAAUCGCUUGCUGCCGAGGAAGCGGGAGACGAAGAGGAUGAAGAGGAUCUGAACCAACCGGCUCCAGAUAUUAAACGAAUCUCAGCACGAAAGCAAAAAAAUGCUGCCAUAUUUGAUGCAUUUCUCAAGGAAGCUGCCAAACAACCUAAGACAGAAAAGAUUUCACAUGUGGAUGAUGAAGCAAUUCAGUCUACGAGGUGGUUAAUUGAGCAGGCGGAAAAACAACAUAUCAUAGAGAGUCCCAGAGAUUAUCAACUUGAAUUGUUUGAGAAGGCCAAGAAACAGAAUAUCAUAGCUGUGUUGGACACUGGUAUGCUCUCCCCGAACCUUCUUUCUUCGAGUGUCUUUUGAUUCCACCAGGCUCUGGCAAAACAUUUAUCGCAGUUCUCCUACUUCGUUAUAUCAUUGACCAAGAGCUUGAGGACAGAGCUAUUGGCAAAUCUAAACGUGUCUCCUUCUUCUUGGUUAGACCCGCCUGCUCCCUGAUAAAUCAAUACUGACAUGUAAAUAAGGUUGAUUCUGUAACUCUUUGUCAUCAACAACACUCAGUACUUAAAAAUAACCUUAAUCAACCAACGGACAUGAUCUGCGGGAUCAUGGGAACAGAUCUUUCUGAUCACAAAAAGUGGAAGAAAAGAAUGGAUACAAACAUGGUGAUUGUAUGCACUGCAGAAAUUCUUCGACAAUGCUUACACCAUUCAUUUGUUACAAUGAGCCAAAUUAAUCUGUUAAUUUUCGAUGAGGCGCAUCAUGCAAAGAAAGAUCAUCCUUAUGCCAGAAUUAUCAAGGAUUUCUAUCGCAGUGACACAGGUGAACCUAUUCCUCUGCCUAAAAUAUUCGGGAUGACGGCGUCCCCAGUUGAUGCUAGGGAUAAUGUCAAAAAAGCUGCAGAAGAGCUUGAGGGUCUUUUACAUAGUCAAAUUUGCACUGCAGCAGAUCCUAGCUUGAUGCAGUACUCUAUCAAAGGCAAGCCGGAGACCGUUGCUUUCUAUGAUUCCUUGGGCCCGAGAUUUGACACUCCUCUUAAUCUCAAGAUGCUUCCACUUCUAAAGGAGAAUCCUAUUUUUCGGAAGCCAUUUAUAUUUGGGAAAGAAGCCAGUCGAACUCUGGGGUCUUGGUGUGCUGAUCAAAUCUGGACUUUUUGUCUUCAAGAGGAAGAGUCUAAGAAACUUCAAGCAAAGACAGAGCAGGCGCACCACAGCCAAAAAAUUCCGGAGCCAUUGGAGGUUUUAGAGAAACGCAAGGAGCAACUUCAGGAGGCUAAAUCCAUUGUAAAAGAUCAUAUUUUUGAGCCACCUCACUUUGCAUCAAAAUUAUCAGAUGACCUCGCAACGAAGGUUCAUUAUUCGACUAAUUUGUCUACAAAGGUGGUUGCUCUCUUGAGUAUUCUCAAAGAAAGAUUCCAACGACCAACUAAUGACAAAUGUAUUGUAUUUGUCAGGGAGAGGUACACUGCACGGCUUCUAGCCUCACUUCUCUCCACACCUGAAGCCGGAACACCGUUUUUGAAGGUUGCACCGCUGGUAUGUGAUUAGUUUUAUCCUUUCAAUAGUAAAGUUUUAACAUUCUCAUAGGUUGGUACCACGUCUGCCUCAGCCGGAGAAAUGCAUAUCACAUUUAGAUCGCAAACCCUUACCAUGCACGAUUUUCGCAAUGGUAAAAUAAAUUGUCUCAUCGCAACAUCCGUUGCCGAAGAAGGCCUUGAUAUUCCUGAUUGUAAUCUCGUCGUUAGAUUCGAUCUGUACAAUACAGUAAUCCAGUACAUUCAAUCCAGAGGCCGUGCUAGACAUGUAAAAUCGAGAUAUUACCACAUGGUGGAGAGCCGUAACGAAGAACAGAAGCGAACGAUCAAGGAAGUUUUGAAGCAUGAGAAGUUGCUGAAGGAUUUUGCUUCCGCUCUACCCGAGGAUCGAAAGUUGACUGGCAACAAUUUUAACAUGGACUAUUUUCUCAGAAAAGAGCGAACACACCGAGUCUAUACCGUUCCUGGUAGCAAUGCAAAACUCACUUAUAGAAUGAGCUUAACGGUCCUAUCCGCCUUCGUCGAUUCACUUCCUCAAGCCCAAGAUUCAGCUCUUCGUGUGGAUUAUGUCGUCACAACUGUCAAUAAGCAGUUUAUUUGUGAAGUCAUUUUACCGGAAGAAGCACCUAUACGUGGAGCAAUCGGUCGGCCAGCAACAACCAAACAGGUAGCCAAAUGUUCAGCAGCUUUCGAAACAUGUGUAAUUUUGCAUCAGAAGGGCUACAUUGAUCAAUUCCUGCUCUCCACAUUCAAGAAGUCGGCCCAUAUGAUGAGAAAUGCCCUCUUAGCCGUGGAUGGAAAGAAACGAGAAGCUUAUGAGAUGAGUACGAAACCAACUUUGUGGUUAUCCGAAGGAGAGCAAGGCGUCUUUUAUAUGACUGUGUUGUCUCUCAAUUCUCCAGAAAGUCUCGACAGAGCAUCGCAACCCUUGGGUCUACUUACAAGAUCUCCUGUGCCUGUUUUGCCACAAUUCCGUCUUCACUUUGGAGGCGGUCGAAACUCACCAGUUUCAUGCGUGCCACUCACUUCUUCAGUGAAGCUCGAAGGAACCACGCUUGACCAAGUUAAUAUGUUCACUCUAUGCCUAUUUCAGGACGUGUUUAGCAAAGCUUACAAAUCGGAUCCGGAUAGUAUGCCGUACUUUUUAGUUCCUAUCAAUUGUCCAAAUUUCACUGUGAACUGGAAAGAUUAUGAGCCCAUGUCAAUAAUUGAUUGGGAUACAGUUAAAGAUGUCCAAGAUUUCGAGAAGAAACAGGCCGAUAAACCAUGGGAGCAUAAGCCAUGGCUAGGAAAGCCAGAUGAGUAUUUCAAAAACAAGUUCAUAACUGAUCCUUUCGAUGGAUCUCGAAAACUGUGGUCAGUAGGAAUCACAAAAGACUACAACCCUUUGGAUCCAGUUCCACCAUAUACAGCACCUAGAAAGGGAGCUAGAAAGAACAACAGUAACAUUAUGGAGUAUAGUUGUAGUCUUUGGGCAAAAGCUAGAACAAGACGAACCUUUGAUGAAGAACAACCUGUUGUUGAGGCAACAUACAUUUCACUUCGGAGAAACUUGCUUGAUGAGUUUGAUACAGGAGAAGUUGAAGCUCCAAAGAAAUGUUUCGUAAUUUUGGAACCAUUAAAGGUUUCGCCUCUUCCAACUACUGUAGUUGCAAUGGCCUAUCUUCUGCCUGCCAUCAUUCAUCGAGUUGAAUCAUAUCUUAUUGCUCUCGAAGCUGCUAAUUUAUUGCAUCUUGAUAUUCGCCCUGACCUUGCAUUGGAAGCCGUUACCAAAGAUUCUGACAAUUCUGAAGAGCACGGUGAAGAGCAAACCAAUUUCCAGCGAGGAAUGGGCAACAAUUAUGAACGACUUGAAUUUCUUGGGGAUUGUUUCCUGAAGAUGGGAACAUCAAUAUCUCUAUAUGGUUUAAACCCUGACAGUGAUGAAUUUCGUUAUCAUGUUGAUCGUAUGUGCCUGAUUUGCAACAAGAACCUCUUCAACACGGCUUUAAAGCUGGAGCUUUACAGGUUCAUUCGAUCAGCGGCCUUCAAUCGACGUGCUUGGUAUCCCGAAGGCCCUGAGCUAUUAAGAGGUAAAACAGCUACUGCACCAAACACUCACAAGCUCGGUGACAAGUCAAUUGCAGAUGUUUGUGAAGCAAUGAUUGGCGCUGCCUUAAUCAGUCAUAAUGAAAGCAAAUCCAUGGACAAUGCAGUUCGUGCAAUUACCGAAGUUGUCAAUAGUGACAAUCACAAAGCUAUAGUAUGGUCUGACUAUUACAGGUUGUAUCAGAAACCAAAAUACCAAACUGCUGUAGCUACAGCUGCACAAAUAGAUCUGGCGAGACAAGUUGAGACGAAACAUCCGUAUCACUUCAAAUACCCACGGCUUUUAAGAUCAGCAUCCACCCAUCCAGCAUAUUCGUUUUCUUACGAACAAAUUCCCAGCUAUCAACGACUUGAAUUCUUGGGUGAUGCCUUACUCGACAUGGUAUGCGUUAACUUUCUCUUCCACAAAUACACGUCCAAGGAUCCUCAAUGGCUCACUGAGCACAAGAUGGCCAUGGUAUCCAACCAGUUUCUCGGAGCCCUCUGUGUGCAAUUGGGCUUUCACAAGCAUAUGCUUACACUUGAUUCUCAGGUUCAAAAACUGGUUGCAGAGUAUGCUUGUGAUAUCAAUGAAGCCCUUGGCCAAGCGAAAGCAGAUGCCAAGAGGGCGGGUAAAUCGGAAGACGAUUACGCUCCUGAUUAUUGGAUCACCGUUCGUCAACCUCCUAAAUGUCUUCCGGACAUGGUUGAAGCAUUCAUUGGUGCCAUUUUCGUUGAUUCUGAGUACAACUUUGAGGAAGUAGAGAAGUUCUUCGAAAUGCAUAUCAGAUGGUACUUUAAGGACAUGAGUGUCUACGAUACCUACGCCAAUAAGCAUCCAACCACAUUCCUCACCAACUUCUUACAAAAGAAUAUGGGUUGUGAAGACUGGGCGCCUGUUAGUCGUGAAAUGCCUGGAGAGGAUGGUAGAAAGAAUAUUGUGGUUUGUGGUGUCAUUGUGCACAACAAGGUGGUAUCAACUUUCCAAGCUGAAAGCAUGCGAUAUGCUAAAGUGGGUGCAGCUAAGAAAGCUUUGGCACAAUUGGAGGGUAUGAGCGUUCGAGAAUUCAGAGAACAAUUCGAAUGUUCAUGUAAAGGGGAUGUUGUUGAUGCAGAGGGCAAUGUCGAGUUUGUUGAGCGUGAGGAUGGAAUGACGGGGAUGGAUAUGGGUGGCGGACCGGGAUAUAGAGAACAGGUUGUUAGUGACAUUUUGAAGGAAGUUGAGGAUGAUAUGAAUGGAGAAGAUGAGGAUAAUGAAAUUGUGGAGGAUUUGGCGGAAGGGAAAUUACUGAAGAUAUAAAGCAGGGAAUUGUUCUAAUGAACACACGAUAGCGGGCUUUACGUUGAUUCAUUCACGACUUCACGACUUCAUGACUAGGAACUACGCACGGUUUCAGCAUUUCAACGACCAAUAUACCGGUAGACAGCAUUGCAUUUCUUACAAAUCACGACGUUUCACGAUUUUCAUUUCUUACGACCAAAUGAUUUUA